CCGCGCGGCCGCGGCCUCCCCUCAGCGCGGCGGCUCCGCGGCCGAGCGGCGGCCAUGGCGCCUCCUCGGAGCGGCGGCAAGAUCCAGUAAGACCUUUUCUCCUGCUUAUAGAAGUUGCUACGGUUUCUCUUGAUUUGCAGACACUGCUGGAAGCAACCUCGGUGGGCAAAUAUGGGCUGCCGGGAUGUUCAUGCAGCGACCGUACUGGCCUUCCUCAGUGGAACAGCCUCAGUAGCUGGGCUCCUUGCAGCAGUUCUGCUUCCAAACUGGAGGCAGAUGAGACUGUACACAUACAACAAGAACGAGAGGAAUGUGACCGUUUACACGGGACUCUGGAUUAAGUGCGCGCGCUUUGAUGGGAGCAGAGACUGUGUGAUCUAUGACCCACAGUGGUACACGGCUGUCGAUCAGCUGGAUUUGCGUGUUCUUCAGUUUGCCCUUCCUCUCAGUAUGUUUACUGCCGUCUCAGCUCUGUUCCUCUGCAUGAUUGGCAUGUGUAACACAGCCUUUGUAUCCACCGUGCCAAACGUCAAACUGGCCAAGUGCCUGGUAAACAGCGCGGGCUGCCACCUCGUGGCCGGCCUCUUGUUCCUGCUUGCCUGUGCCAUUUGUCUCACUCCGUCCAUCUGGGUCAUUUUCUAUAACAAUUAUCUGAACAGGAAAUACGAGCCCAUCUUCAGCUUUGACAUCUCUGUAUUUAUUGCCAUUGCCAGUGCUGGGGGUCUGUUUUUCACUUCCAUCCUGCUGUUCCUGUGGUACUGUGCAUGCAAAAGCCUCCCUUCUCCUUUCUGGCAGCCCCUGUAUUCGCACGCCCCCAGCAUGCACAGCUAUGCCUCUCAGCCGUACUCCGCACACUCCGCACACUCCGCACGUUCCCGCCUCUCUGCCGUAGAGAUUGACAUUCCUGUGGUGACACAUUCCUCUUAAGGAGACAAAGCCUUGGAAGCCAAGUUCUUGUGCUCGUUCAAGCCAUGAAAAUUGCAGGCUUGAUUCGGUGCUGCCCUGCACUGAGCAUAAUCCUUUGCGAGGUUGAGUUUCCCAAGGCACAAAGCCGUGGAGGCCCAAGUUCAGCAAAUCUGUUGCUGUUCUGGUCUGUUUGUUACUUCCUGACCACCUUUCCUUUUUUUCUUUUUCUUUUUUUGACUGAGCUCACUGCAGUCAAAGAUGCUGCUAAUGUUGGAACAGUACACUAACAAUUGUAUGCAUCCCUCCUUUUGCUUACUGAUGUCAAAGCAGGUUUGAACCUCUUUGAAUUUUGAUAAGCUAUUCCUAGAUUCUCAUUGUAAGACCCUUGCACCCAUGUAUUGUCCAGAUGCAGGCAAUGGAACUGGGUGUAGGGGAUUCACUGAGUUUCUUGUUCAUCCAGACCCACAUAUUGUAAUGUGUGAUGUCUGAAAAGGGUGUUUGGCAAACUAAUUCAGUUCUGUGCAGUGUUCUUUGUUUUUUGCUGUACACACAGAUACUUGCUUAGGAACUUCUGUAACAGAAUUUGUGCCAAAUUACCCUUUAUUUUCAAAGUAGCUAUCAGAACGAAUAAAACAGAUUUAACUAAGAAUGUUGUUCUGUGCUGUAAUAGCAUUUUGUGAAUUACUGAAGGCUAGAAAUAUUUUGUGAAUUUUAUUUCUAGUCUGUUUUUUACUAAGUUAGCAAAUUCACUAGAUCUAUUUUGUGAUUAAAACAAAAAACACUAGUACUUAAAAAUUGUAAUUAGAACCUUGAAUGUUUUAUUUUAAGGCCUUCUUAAAAAUGGAGUUUCAAGUAGGAUAUAAAGUGUUCAGUUCUGGAGAGAAAUGCCGCUCACUGCAAAAAGGGUUAGGAAAGUCAUAAAGAAUUCUGAAGACUGAAAGAUUCUUUUAAAACACUGUAUACAAGCUAUAUAUACAUUUCUCUGAAAAGGGAAUUAUAACCCUAAGGGGGAGAUUUUUUAAUCUAGAUGUUUUUUAAAAGUGUAUAUACGAGGAACAAUGAGCUUGGUUUUUUUUCAGAGUUGCUCUUUAUGGUCGAUAGACUUUCAUACUGUAGCUUACUUCAUUACUGAUUAAGACUGAAUCUUUUCAGCCUUGUUCUUUAACACCUUUCAAAUUCAGCUAUUUCAAAAUUCAGUUAUUUCCCCUGCUGCCACCUCAUAAAUGCAGAAAGUUUCCUAUUCCUAUUUUCCGUAAGAUGAGAUUUUGAGUAACUUGUGAGUUGUAGCUCUACAAGGAUGAUUGUAAAUUCCCAGCCUGGGAUGUCUUUAAAUCACUUUUUGCCUUCUAAAAUGCAGAGCAGCAGGUGAAGCCUACGGAUCAAAGCUCUUCAGUAUGGGCUUUGACAUGACUUGAAAAUUUGAUGACAGUGAGUUGAAGAGUGCUAUAAUUAAGACAAGCAUUUGAUUCUCUCAGGUUUUGGUAAAUUGAGAUCUUAUAUUUAAGAUGUCGUCCCAGUUAGGAAAGUUGUUUUGAUUGGUGGCAUUCUGGAGCUUAGUGGGUAUUUGCAUUUCAUUAGUCCCAGAAUAAACUUGUUUUUCUAGAAAAAUCAAAUCAAGUUCUUUAAUUCCAGUUCUGAAAAUUAAUCCAAGGUCCUGAAAACAAUUUAGUUUCCUCCUCCAGGUGUUAGAAAUAGAAACAAGUACUGUACUGGGCAAAUCUUGUUCCGUUAAAAUCUGUGAAAUAACAGUGUAUAAAGAAGGAUUGUGUUUUAGCUGACAGAUCUCAGACUUCAGUGAACAGAGGGAGGAAGCUGAUCUCUAUCAAUUCCCAGCACAGUCAGUAAAGUGACAGGCCUGUAAGACAGUGCUUGAUUAAACAGCAGUCUUGAGGAAUUAACACUGUAGACAAUAAAGGAUAUGUAAGCAGAUAUGCCUUUAAAGGCCUAAACAUGAGUUUAAUACUCUCUUAGGUUUACAAGGUACGAGAGCAUGAAGUGUCUUUUCUAAUCAGAUCAUGACUUGCAUGGGAUUAGAACACGUGUAAUGACAUGCAAGCCAAUUUGUUUUUCUUCAAAACUGAACCUUGCUUUACUGUUAGUUUAGUUGUCCAACACUGUUGCUGUUUAGCUGCCCAUAUCCUUUAAUGCCUUGUAAGGUCAAAGCAAAAGGGCCACUGGUUUGUGAUGUAACGUUGUCUUGCUUCUGCAUCACUUCAGUGUCUUUUCUUUUUUGUGCCUUGCUUCAGUUAUGAGUUGGCCAGUAAACGUUACAGUCAGUGUCUGAUACACUCUUUGAGCUUGAAUUUGCAAAGCAUUUUGAUCAUUUUUAAGAGCUGAUGAAUAUGUCUCUUAGUGACUUAAAAAGGAGCUGAAUUUUCAGCAUCUCCAGAACAAGAAUGACAGCCUGGCAAACUGUUGCUUUCUACCAGAAUAUAAGUUUAGCCAGUGUUGUUUUCUGUGCACUUUAAUAGCAGAUGCCUCUGACAGCUCUUUUGUAUUCUGACUUUGAUUCUUAUGCACUGAACUUUUAAUUAGUAUUUGCUGCUGCCUAAGCUGAUAACUCAUUGCUUUGAAAAUUGUGUCUUUCCAAAAGUCAGAGAUGAAUGAGUUAUGAAAAUGGGGCUCCAGAAAAUGAUGGAUUCCAGCAUAGGUUGUAGUUGUCAAAAAACCUGUUGCAUCAUUUUCUGUCACCAAAGCACGACUGGUUUUCUUUCAUCAAUGCUGUUAAUGUUUCUGCUGGUUCCUAAGUGAAGUUACCUGGAAGUGCUGUGCUAUAUUUCCUUUGUUACAGAAACACAUGGCCAACCUGUGACACUUCAGCCAAGUGCCACUCCAACGUUUUUUUUUAGCUAAGGUUGCCAUCGUGCCCAGCACCAGGGCUGGGGUGUGACAGGCCUGCCUGGAUUGGGAAAGAACACUUGUGUCCUGCAGGGGUGUCUGCCAGUUAGCACCCCUCCUCUGACCAGCUGCACCUUCCUGGGCACUGCUGUGUGCAGGACAAGCACUUGGGGUCUUGAACAGAAAGAUUUUAAUUUGUAGCUUGUGCAGGAAAGGUUGGGUGCUUUGGAAUUACAGGAACCUGUGUUUUUUCAAAUAGUUCCUGUCCAACUUCUUUAAAUUGUGUUAAGUGUUGGUUCUUUUUAUGUGAAACAAGAUAUGUAUUUUUAAUAAAAGAGUCUCAUACA